AAUACAUUAAAACCACAAUAAAACAGACCCACCAAGAACUAAUAAUAACGAAUAAUAUAAAAUACCUUUAACAAAAAUAUUCACAAAUUAGUAACUAUUCGACAAGAGAAGUCUUAACAUCAAAGAUGAAAAUUUGGCAACUUUUAGCAAUUAUAUUAGUGCUAGUAUUAAGCUACACUCAAGGGGAGAUACAAAUUUUACGCGAGGUUAAUGUUUUGUAUUCAGAUUCUCAACGUCAAAAAACUAUAUCUUUGAAAAAUGAAAAUACUCCCGAAGAAGAAUUAAUUAUAGAGGGCACACAUGUGCUGAAAAUAUUUUCCAAAGAUAAUCCAGAUUUUGUUUAUCGUAUUGAAACGAUUUAUGUGGCCGAUAAAGAUGGUUAUCGGGUGAAAUAUAAGUUAAUACGAGAACCCAUCAUGCAAAUACUUUUAGGACUGAGUCCCUCAACUUUAAAAUCAACAGCGGGUUAGAUGUAUGCAAAAUUAUAAAAAAUAUAUGUUUAAUUAUUAGUGUAUAAAUUUAAACAAUUAAAUUUAAUAAAUAACUAAAAAAAUGUAUAAUCAUCUUAUAUUAAUGAAUUAACUGUGGUUAAAAUAAACUUGCAUAAUAACAAUUUUUUACAUGUAUGUAGUUAGUGAGUCAUACAUAAGACUACAAAAUUUUAAUAAUAAUUACAACUUUUUAUAAAUAGUACCUUUAAAUAAAAAACAUUAAGAAGA